AUGGAGUUUGGAACUUCGAGAACGAUUCCACUAACGUUCCAAACGCCAUUGUUAGGACUUCUAGGCUUACAGGAAUACGAAAUAAAACAAGAAGAUAAAAGAACUUCAAAAAGAAAACAAAAAUUACCAAAAAUAUCAGAAACGAUGAUUAUAUGGAACAGUUUAUUCUGUCCACGAAAAGUACAGAACUAUUCUUCUCAUGUUGGAAUCUAUUUUUUGCAAGUUACAACUGGUAUGUCCAUGUUAUAUUUGAAAGAAAAGAUGGUCAUAUCAUCGUGGGGAGGACGUAAUUAUAUAUUGUUUUUUCAUCCAGAACCUGCUCAGGAAGUUUUAAAAAGUAGCAUCAUAAUUAACAAAGAUAGAACUUACGACUUUUUUAAACUUUGGUUUGGAGAAAAUUCCAUUUUAUAUACUAAAGGCGAUAAAUGGAAGAAGGAAAGGAAACUGUUAAUGCCAGCUUUUCAUUUUCGUAUCUUGGAAAAGUUUCAAUGCAUAUUUAAUGAACAGUCAAAUGUAUUAAUAGAAAAACUUAAGAAACUAAAGAGAAAUGAAGUGUGUGAUAUCAUAGAAAUGAUUAAACCUUGCUCUUUAGAUAUAAUUGCAGCCACGGCAUUAGGAGUUUCUAUAAAUGCUCAAAGUAAGAAAUCAAAUGCUUACUUUCUUGCAAUCAAUGGAUAUAGAUUGUUAUGUUUGAUUGCUAAGAAUAAAUUGUUGAAUUUCGAUUGUUGA